AUGACACCUGCAGCAGUCUUUGUCAUCUUGGUGGCCGCCAUCUACCACAUUGAAGCAGCACCUGAGGAGAAAGGCGGUCACAUCAAGUGCCCACUGAUGGUGAAGGUGCUGGAUGCAGUUCAGGGCACUCCUGCGGUCCAGGUGAAGGUCGCGGUCUCCAAACAGGAUACGAACAGCUCCUGGACCAAAGUGACUUCUGGGGUUACCGGCUUAGCAGGGGAAAUCUUUGGUCUAAUCAGAGAGGAGGAUUUUCCUGCAGGAAUUUACAAGGUGGCCUUCGACACUAAAGCUUACUGGAAAACCAAGGGAGUAACUCCCUUCCACGAAAUGGCUGAUGUGGUUUUCACAGCGCACGCAGACGGACGGCGCCACUACACCGUGGCCAUCCUCCUGAGCCCCUUCUCUUACACGGCGACCGCCGUCAUCGCAGACAUACAGUGA